AAUCAUUUCUUUAUUUUUUUGAACUAAUACUAUUCUCUAUUGGAUGACACCAUGACAUCAAUACAUAUCUAAAGAUAAUUACGUGUGUUCCAGCGGAGAUAAAAACACUAGGAGAUUCUUCCCACUGUCUUAGCUUUGAUGAAUUGAGUUACCUGGUACUUGUUGGUGGGAGGUGACAAGUAUCCCGUGAAAUUAGUCGAGGUGUGCGAAAGCUGGUCCGGACACCACAGUCAUCCAAACAAAAAAGAUAAUUACAUAUAGGAAGUUGAACUAACAAUUAAGCAUCUCAUAUAUUUCAGCCAGUCUUUCAAUAACUUUCCCUAUAUAUACCCUUUGAGUAUAUGAUCAAUCUCACUCAAAUCAAAACACAACUUCCAUUUCUUCAUUUCCUUGAAGGAAAGUAAUAUUUUUCUAAUUGACCCAAUGGCUGCUUUCAACAAAUGCUCAAUCCGCUUAUUGAUCAUAGCAUUAUUGUCCAUAUCAAGCAUCACCACAAGUCAUGCUGCUCGUAGCCUGCUGCAAUUUCCCAACUUGCCUACAAUCCCCUCAUUGCCUCAGCCGACACUGCCACAAUUGCCCGCUAUUCCAAACUUGCCAACAGCAGCCACAUUGCCACCAUUGCCAAGUGUUGCAUCUUUGCCAACACUUCCAACAGCUUCUCCAUUGCCUACAUUGCCCUCUGUUCCGAAGAUGACUCUGCCUCCAUUGCCCGCAAAUAUUCCUCUGCCCAACAUGCCAUCAUUUCCAAACAUUCCUACACUCUCACCUCCUCCAUCCAACUGAUCUCGCGGCUUCCAACAUUUUACCUGCCUUACCAUAUGAUCUCUACCGUUUGAUAUUUGCUCUUCCCUUUUUUUUUUUUUAUUGUCUUUAUCUUUUUGAUUCGUAUUGAUAUAUCCUAUUAUUUGUACCCCUCUUGAUUGUUCUCUAUUGAUUGUCCAAAAAAACUACGGUAAUUAAGGUGAUGCAGUGUACUAUUAUUUAUUUA